AUGGCCCCUCUCGUCCCCGUUUUCUCCGCAGAGACCCUGUCCGAUCAUGUCAACAUCACCCAGCGCAAUUUCCAAGACAAGCGUCGCAAAGGCCCAGAGAUCAACCUCAAAGAAUGCGCGCUCCUCGAGAUGAUGCAGUACUGCUGCAAUCCGCCAUCCGGAGAGAUUCCACAACCGGGCGUGAUUACGUGCAAGCCGGUGGUGCGCUUGUUUCGACGCUGCGCCGGCGGAUUAACGGUAGAAACGACAUCGUGGGAACGACUCGGACAAGAGGCAAACAAAUUGCAGUCCUCGGGCACGACAUCGUGA